AAUGAAUUUCUCCUGUCAGAUUGCUCUUAUUUCUCUUCUUAUCUUCUUUGCUUAUGCAAAAGCUGAGAAUUGGACAGAUCCUGGAUUAACAUGGAAAUCUAAUAAAUUUCAUGAAUUUCACCUUCCACUCGAUAUUAUUUGGACGCCUGAUUUAGUUGCCUACAAUGUACUGGAUCCUGAACAGUAUGUAAUCAAACCUUUGGCUUGUCUAUACCCAAAUGGUCAGGUUCUUGUAAUACCUUCAAAGAAAUAUGCUGUCCGCUGUCCCAAAGAUAAAAAUGGUGAAUAUGUCUGUUCUAUAAGCUUUGGAUCUUGGACUUAUAAUAAAAAUGAGAUAAACGUUUUAUUGGGCAGUGAUAGUCUCGAUCUGGAAUAUUACGAAACUAACGACUUUGAAGUUGUUAGUAGUAAUGUUGUUCGUACAGAGAAAAAGUAUUCUUGCUGUCCAGAGUUAUACGCCAUCAUAACGUAUACUAUUAAUCUUAAAAGAAGAACUUAA